UUCAUCAAUUAAAAUGUCACGUUUAUACUAACCAUGUAAUACAAUAUUUUAAAUAAUCAGCAAAACACAUUUAAGGGUCAACUAUGAAGUCAAUCUUGUAAAAACACUGCUUGAAACUAUGGUUCUAAAUUAUUUGUUUAAAAGGAGGCCAGAAUAUAAAGCUAAAAAAUUACUAUGUUUCUCUAAAGAACAAAUGUACGAAGUGGUAGCCGACGUCCAAAACUAUUCAACUUUCUUACCAUUUUGCACCAAAUCAACGAUCCAAAACCAAAAUCCAGAUGAGAUAAGGGUAAACUUAGAAAUCGGUUUUCCUCCAAUAUGCGAAAAUUACACAUCAGUUGUUACAAUGAACAGACCAAAUGUAGUACUCGCGAAAAGUGCAGAUGGUCGGCUCUUCGAAUACUUGGAAACUGUUUGGAGAUUUAGCUCUGUUGCCGAAGGCGAUCCGAUGACGUGUAUUGUAGAUUUCUCUAUCAGGUUUAAAUUUAAAAAUGCUGUUUACUCCCACGUGGCUUCAAUUUUUUUCGGUAAGUUGGUUAAAAGCAUAGAGAAUGCUUUUAUUGACGAAGCCGCGAGAAGGUAUGGAAAGCCUUCGGGUAUCAUUGCUGAUUUACAAGAUUGACUGCAGUAGGUUGCCCGAAUAUACAUUAAUAAACCAUUUAAAC